UCACCGCGAGGGGGCCCGCCUUGACCCACCGCCGCCGUCGGCAGACAUCUCCCCCGGGGGUCCCGGAGAUAUGGAGGACUCAGCGGCGAGCAGGAGCGACAUGCAGUUGGACAGCCUGCCCCGCCCGCGCGCGCGCGACCCCGAAGACGUCCCAGAGAGGGGCGGCUGGGCCUCCAAGACGGAGUUCCUGCUGUCCUGCCUGGGGUACGCCAUCGGGCUGGGCAACGUGUGGCGCUUCCCGUACCUCUGCUACAGGAACGGCGGAGGUGCUUUCCUGGUGCCGUACCUGCUGAUGCUGUUCCUGUGCGGCAUCCCCUUGUUCCUCAUGGAGACGACCCUCGGCCAGUUCAGCAGCCGCGGCUGCGUCACCGUGUUCGCCAUCAGCCCUCUCUUCAAGGGCGCGGGCUACGCCAUCCUGGUGGUGAACUUCGUGUGCAGCACCUACUACAGCGUGAUCCUGUCCUACCCGCUCUACUUCCUCGCCAUGUGCCUGCGCAGCGAGCUGCCGUGGGAGGACUGCGACAACCCCUGGAACACCCAGCUGUGCUUCAAGUUAGGUUCCGUCCAAAGCAACGCCAGUUCACAAGCUAUGAAUAUGACGCGCAAAAUGAAGACUCCUGCAGAUGAAUUCUUCCACAACAAGAUCCUGCAGAUCUCGGACGGUAUCGGAAACCCCGGCCAGAUCGUGUGGCAACUGCUGGUCUGCGACGUGGUCAGCUGGGUCGUGAUCUUCCUGUGCAUCAUGAACAGCGUCCGGUCCGUGGGCAAGGUGGUCUACUUCACCGCCACCUUCCCCUUCGUCAUCAUCCUGGUGCUGCUGGCCAGGGGCCUCGCUCUACCUGGGGCCAAGGAGGGCGUGUGGUUCUACCUCUACCCGGAGUGGAGCCAGCUCGCCAACCUCAAGGUGUGGGCUGAUGCAGCAAUUCAGAUAUUCUACUCGCUGGGGCCUGGUUGGGGCGGUAUCAUCAACAUGGCCAGUUACAAUCCGUUCAAGAACAACUUGAAAAGGGACUCGAUCCUGGUGCCCAUUCUGAACUGCGGCACCAGCAUACUGGCCGGCUUCGUGGUUUUCUCCGUGCUGGGCUUCAUGUCGCACCAAACUGGCGUGCCCAUCUCCACUGUCGUGACCGGAGGACCAGGACUGGCUUUUGUUACAUAUCCAGAAGCAUUAUCAUUACUGCCUUAUCCACAAUUUUGGGCAAUUCUGUUCUACCUAAUGCUAUUUUUCUUGGGAAUCGACUCAUGUUUUGUGCAGAUUGAAGCAAUUAUUUCAAGUGUCACCGAUGAAUAUCCGAUGCUUCGACGAAAGAAAAAAUUGGUUACUUUCACUUUCUGCUUUAUUAUGUUUUUGGGAUCACUUUCUUGCAUCACGAAUGGUGGUAUGUACGUACUGUCUCUGUUGGAUUGGUACGCAGCUUCUAUUUCCGUCAUUCUCAUCUGUAUAGUAGAAGUGGUGAUGGUGGGAUGGCUGUAUGGUACCAAAAAAUUCGUUCGGGAUCUACAGUUGAUGACUAAUGAGAAACUUAGUUUUUGGUGGCCUUUAUGUUGGAAAUACAUCACACCUAUCAUUCUAAUGUUUAUCUUUAUGACGACAAUUUUGUACAAUACUCCUGUUACUUACAAUGGAAUGGAAUAUCCUACUUGGGCACUGGCUGUUGGUUGGAUUUCUGCAGGGGCAUCUAUGAUAUGGAUUCCAAUUUAUGUUGUAUACAGUCUUGCCUCGACUCCUGGAACAUUUGUACAGAGACUCAAACUCAAACUGCAUCACGAUGAUACAUGGGGACCAGCUGCAACAGAAGAUUUCAUAGAGUGGAAAAAGAUAUCAAAAAAUGACCAAUGACUUUUUAUACAAAUUAUAUCAUUCAUAAGAAGAGAUUUAUGAUAAUACACAUCAGGAAAAAUUUUGUGAAAGCAUACUAAUGUUUUACACGACUUAUAAAAUAAAAUUGGCUACUUAAUCCAAGAACUUCAAAUAUGACAAUAAUAAAUUAAUAAAUAAAAGGAAAUUGAAAAUGUGCUUAAGUUUUUGCAUGUGCUUAAAAUGCCUUUAUAUAAUAAUAAAAGGCUUUAAAAUCGUAAUAAUGCUCGUCGUAACUUGUCUUAGUAGUUAUUACAUUUCAAUUAUUAAAUUUUAAGCUUAUAUUAUUAAGGUUUCAAUACAGACAUAUAUGUAUUCCAAGUUAAAAUUUCUGAUUAAUUGAAUGUAUCAUUUCACUCACUAGAAACUCUGUGUUUUAAUAGCUUGACAAUUUAUUGAACUUAUUAUUUAACCUUAUUUUAAAAAUAUUAUUGAUAAUGAUCCAGAAUGAUAAACAAAAAUAAGUCUAGCAUUGUUGGUGAAUCUGAAACUUCAGCUGGUGUUUUACCAAAAUGCAUUGUGUUGAUGCUGAAUGUAGCGAGUAAUUUAGCGGGUGUGCUAUGUCAUAUCUUUUAUACCCCACCUCCAUAAUUUAAUCCUCUUUCUGCACAUGUGCACAACUAGCCUUACACUUUUCCAAACUAGUGGCAUUUUUUUUAUGUAAAUGGUUCGAACUUUAUGUAAUACAGUGUGCUGUUAAUUGAUAAAGUUAAACACACAAUCUUUA